AAAAAACAUAUCGUGAUAUGAAAAAAUCUUAUAUCGCCCAGCUCUAGUCAGAGUUUUGGAGGUUUAAAUAAUAUAUCCUCUUUGAAGUAGUGGCUAAACAAUACUAGAUUUGAUGUUGAGAAAUCCUUCCUGCAUUCUUAAAUUUUAAAGUUUGAGCAACAUGCCAUAAAGGUAACUCUGUCACAGGCAGCAUAUUAGCAGAUGAUAUGAGUUGGGAAAGCUUGGUAGAUACUCACUGUCACAGUAUUAGAUAUGAAAAAGCAGCCUGAGGCAUCACUAACAUGUGCAAACAGCACAGGCUGUAUCAAACAGAACCAUGUGGUUCUGCAGCUGUUAGCCCGGCAACGACUGUAAACACUUUCGUGAGUUUCACGUAGUUGCUGGUAGGGAGCAACAGCAGUGGCUGCAGUGGCUCAAUACAUGCUUGCAAAAGUAUGGGUCCAGUUUACUAUCUGGAGCACAUUGAGCACUUGUGAACAUGUUUGUGUGUAAAACUUUAAAUUCAAGAAAUGUAUUGGCCAUGUAUUUGCCACAAGCUUCCAUGUCCAUUACUUUAAAAAAGCACAGCCUUUUGAAAACGCCUCUUUGAUACACCCUGCCAUUGGUUACACAUUAAAAUACAGUAUUGAACAAUCUGCUUAGUUACCAAUCAUGGCGACAACACCUGACUCAGAAACAUCAUCCAGUCAGCUGCGGUGCUGCAGACAGGGAUGAGGCUGUAGUAAACCAGUGAGUCGGAGCUGCUGUGCACAGGCAGGGCUGUUUAUUUUGGCGCAUAUGUGAUAACACUUACGUGGAUAGUAAAAAUAAACUAAAAAUACUGGCUGACUGAUGGAACGGUCUGGCUCUAUUUUGACAUUAGACCUUUUUUGUUUGCUCUAAAGCAGACACUUGGCACGCCAGGAAUAAUGUUACUGUCAUCCUUCUACAUGUAUUUAUGUAGUGUAGUACUUUUAUGGUAAGUCUGCCGUGACAGUCGUGGUGGUGUGCAAUCCCUUUCCAGUUCAUAGAGUAUGUGUAAUCGUACCUCAGAUACAGGUGUGUCCACGCCCUCGUCGUUACCUGAGGGCUGCAGUAUUUGUGGUGGAAACACUGUCAUGGCCGCGUAGAAUACAGCACAGGUUGCAAACAGGACGGGCAGAGUGUAGCUUUUAUAAUCUGCUUAUAUUCUGUUUCUAUGAGAGUUACUUCACAAGCUGAAUGCAUGGAGUGAAGACUUGCAAGGUCAAAUUUUAGCAGAGGACCGAAUCAACAGACGUAAGAUAAUAAACGGAGCAUAUUAUAUUGUUGUGUUUGACUGUGUGGAAGCAUAAAAUUAGUUUAGAAAGCAGUCAGAGUGACAGUUUCAAAGGAAAUUCCUUUGAACUCCUUUGUUUCUGUUAUCUGUUAUAGUUUAUUGAUUUAUGUUAAAAUUGAAAGGAAAAGAAAACACAGACAAAGAAUUUCUGGGUGUGGCCUGUAUCCUGGUGCUAUUUUAAACCUUCCCUGAGGUUACCUGCUGUCAGUCGAGCUCCUACCUGGCAGUGGGGAGAAAACUUUCGCGGCGUUCUGAUUAUGGAGUUUGCACAUGUCUGUCUAUAUCUUUGGAAACGUUGGUGUGGAGUGGAUAGUACAGAUACUUCCUGCACAUCAGCGGACCGAUGUGCACAAUCUGAUCUUUGUUCUUUUAUUGUUUCUGUUGUCUUGCAGGAUAGUAUGGCCAUGACGGGAGGGACUGCAGCUGCCCUUCCCAUGAGCAACCACACCCGAGAGAGGGUGACAGUGGCCAAGCUGACACUGGAAAAUUUCUACAGCACUCUGCUCACCCAGCACGAAGAGCGUGAGAUGAGGCAGAAAAAACUGGAGAAGGCCAUGGAAGAGGAAGGUUUACCAGAUGAGGAGAAAGUAAUGCGGCGCUCUCAGCAUGCCCGAAAGGAGACAGAGUUUUUACGACUGAAGAGGACACGACUCGGUUUGGAUGACUUUGAGUCCCUAAAGGUCAUUGGACGAGGUGCUUUUGGAGAGGUGCGUUUGGUACAGAAGAAAGACACAGGCCACAUUUAUGCCAUGAAGAUUUUGAGGAAAGCAGACAUGCUGGAGAAAGAACAGGUCGCUCACAUCCGGGCAGAGAGGGAUAUUCUGGUCGAGGCAGAUGGUGCCUGGGUGGUCAAGAUGUUCUACAGCUUCCAGGACAAGAGAAACCUCUACCUCAUUAUGGAGUUCCUGCCUGGAGGUGACAUGAUGACACUGCUGAUGAAGAAGGACACUCUCUCUGAAGAGGCCACUCAGUUCUACAUCGCAGAGACAGUACUGGCCAUUGACUCCAUCCACCAGCUGGGAUUCAUCCACAGAGACAUCAAACCGGACAACCUGCUGCUGGACUCCAGAGGACAUGUGAAACUGUCAGAUUUUGGCCUGUGUACUGGGCUGAAGAAAGCUCAUCGCACAGAAUUUUACAGGAACCUGACGCACAACCCGCCCAGUGAUUUCUCCUUUCAAAAUAUGAACUCCAAGAGGAAAGCAGAGACCUGGAAGAAGAACCGGAGACAGCUGGCUUAUUCCACUGUGGGAACGCCAGACUACAUCGCUCCUGAAGUGUUCAUGCAGACGGGGUACAACAAACUGUGCGACUGGUGGUCUCUGGGUGUGAUCAUGUAUGAGAUGCUCAUCGGUUAUCCGCCCUUCUGCUCAGAGACACCACAGGAGACGUACAGGAAGGUUAUGAACUGGAAGGAAACACUUGUCUUCCCGCCUGAAGUUCCCAUCUCAGAGAGAGCCAAAGACUUGAUAUUAAGGUUUUGCACAGAUGCAGAGAACCGGAUCGGAGCUGUGAGCGUGGACGAGAUCAAGAGCCACCAGUUUUUUGAGUCGGUGGAUUGGGAGCACAUCAGGGAGCGGCCAGCCGCCAUCUCCAUAGAAAUCAAAAGUAUUGACGACACCUCUAACUUUGAUGACUUCCCUGAAUCGGACAUCCUUCAGCCAGCUAACGCAACGGAGCCAGACUUCAAAUCAAAGGACUGGGUGUUCCUCAACUACACCUACAAACGCUUUGAGGGCCUGACUCAGCGAGGGACCAUCCCCACAUACAUGAAGGCAGGGAAGGCUUGACGCACUCAAACGGGUGGACGGUGUGGUGGAGAAAAAUAGACGUUUACGGACACAGGGUCGGGCCCCGGAGCCCCGCUGGUGCUGAAGGCUGCGCUGUCAGCCUCUCAGUCUAAAUUUAACCUUCAUCAUAAGUUAUUUAGGUCUGCUCAGCCGCGGCAAGAAAGCCAAGAACUCGGAAAUUAAAGAGCAUUACCGCAUUACCUCGGUUGUUGAUAUUACACGUGCCGUCUUUAGCCAUAGCACUCAGGCCAGCUCACUAACUAGGACACUAAAUCAGCAUAUCUGCAUGUUCAGCGGCAUACUGCUUCUGGAGAAGUUGUUUUUUUUGUUUGUUUUGUUUUUUUAUAUAUAUAUAUACACGAGAACAAGGCUUGAAUUCAAAUGACUGCUCAAACUUUUUAACAUAAGUUUUUACACUGGUGGCUAGUCAGAUGCAAACUGCAUUUCUGAUAUUGAAAAUGAGCUCUAUACACUGUAGUCAAACUCUGGAUGAUUGGUAAAAUCAGGAACCCCUCACUUAUUGUAUCCAAUACUCUGUUAUCAAGUUCCAGCAUGAUUUCCAGUGGGUUUUUUUGCUGACUUUCCAAAGUGUAAUUAAGAGUUAACCCCAACUGAAGAAUAUAGGAGCCAACUGUCUAGUGGUCAAACAAAAAAAAAGGGGUUUUUUUAGAACUAAAAUAUUAGCUCACAAAGUUGUAAUGGAUCCCAAUUAAAGGUCAGUUGAUAUCAAAACUGUAAAACGGCUUAGGUUAACAGCACAAGCUAUGUGUUUGGAUAGUUGUGCUGCUGGCUCAAGGUAUAGUUGGUCCAACAAUGAUUGGACAGGUGUAACAUCGUCUAGUGUCAUCAUCGGGUCAAAGUUUAUGCGACAGAGGCCUCUAAAGUUAGCGAUAGCUGCAGCAUUCUCACAGUCUCAGCUUUGCUGUCUUAUGAUAAUUAGCAAAUGUUAGCAUGCUAAUACACUAAACCACUGUGGUGAACACGUUAAACAUUUUAGCAUUGCCACUCUGAUGUUAGCAUGUAACACCACUGUAGAGCAUUCUUUACACUUAAAGUGUAACAAAAAAAUUCUCUCUAUAUAUAAAAAGUGACUUUGCAUUCACAAUCUAGCUAUUAGCAUUUAGCUGUUAGCCUGGUUCAAAAUCAGUAGCAUCAAAAGGAUAGAAAAUCUAAAAGAAAUGAGCAAAAAACUCAAAUCAUGCUGGAACCAUCCUCUAACCCUCGUGCUAGUGAAACCGUGUGAGUUUGUGGCAGCUCAGCGAGGGGAACCCAGUCUGCAGCGUCGUCUCAGCACAGUUGCUUUUCUCGCAUAAGAACAGCUUGUUGCCAGGAAACAAUGAAAUGCAAUUUACCCUGUGCUGGACAUCAGUUUCUGCAGCGUGUUGCCCUAUUUGCAUUGCCAAACAAACUGCUGAGCGUGCCCCUUCUGAUCUGAGUUUUGGUCAGAUCAGUGCUAAAGUACUUGUUAUUUCCUCUGAUUUAUUUGAAAUUCUGAUCAGUGCACGGGCCAAUCGCUUCUUUUUUUCUUAGGUCGACAAAACAUGCAAAGUGCCUUUUCAUAGAGCUGAUAAAUAUUUAACCAGAUAUAUAGGUGAGACCAAUAAGACGGCAUUCAUUAUAACCAACUGUUUUGACUCAAAGUGGAAAGGAGUAAGCGAAAGCACUGAUGUUUCGAUUUGAUGUGUCUGCAGAGUGAUAAGGCAUAUCUGUGGUGAUAAAGCAGUAAGAAACAACAGGACUAUAGAAAAGCAGGUGGCUUAUAGGUUAGGUAAUAAACGGGAGACUCAUAAAAUAUGUGUCAAGGAAAACACAAUGAACAGUUUGUCUUUGUUUGACAAGUAAGGAUGAAAGUUGUAGAUUAACACAGUGGAUCUUUGUGUAUUCAAGUUCCUGCAUUUUUUUUUUUUAAAUGUCUAGAAAAGGAUACCUUUUACCAUGAACAGCAGAUCUGAGGCUGUUUUCUCACUUUCUCAACAAGACAUUUAAGCUUCAUGUGUGCUCAGAGUUGGGACAAGGCACAGUGCUAAAAGAUGCUUACCAAAGAACUCUGACCGUCACAAAUUCACAUGUAGCUGUCGCUUGCUGCACUUAACUUAAAACUACCUGCAAAGAAGGGGAAAAAAAGGGUUCCAGGAGAGCUAAACUUGGUUAUGGAAUAAAUUGCCAUUUCUAUUUGUACACAUGUGAGAAAAUGAAUGUGCGGGAGAUUGAUGUUUCUCAAUUAGGAUAUCUAUAGGUUCACCCGCAGGGAAGGGAAAUCUACUGAGGACUUUACCGCAGUUCAGCCGUAGCCAUCACAGGAAUGAAUCCUUUAUGAAACUGAAAGUGUUCCUUAUUUCUGAGGGAUGACGGAGACGGUGCGUCUACAACUGAUUGAUUUCAUUUAUAUUUUUCCCCUUCCCCUUCAAGCUAGUCCUGCUGAAAAUGUGAUGACACAUAUGAUGACUAAUGAAGGAUUUUGAGGGCAGAUGCGUGUAUAUUUUUUCUGUUAUUUAUUAUUUCCUUGUUUUUCAUUAAAAUGCUGAUGAAUUGGAUUCAUUGGGAAUAUUCAGUAUACUGAAAAAAGGAUGGGUUUUUUUUUUUUUUUAAAUGUUGUUUGACCUCAAAUGUAAAGGGGUAUUAAACUUGAUGCCAGGAUAUACUGUAAACCUGACAUAUUCUAUAAUGCAACAUAUGAUGUGGUGUUUUUCUAUCUCCCAAAGCUUGUGUCUUCCAAACUCUGUACCGCCUGUUUUUAAAGUUCAUAGUCUGGUGACAUCACUGUGACAUCAUCAGAGUAAAGUGUUCAGACUUCUCCCUCUAGAAAAACACCAGACUACACUAUACUCCUGUCCAAAAAGGGAGGCUAAUACUCCCUAUGAAAAUUGGUGAUGCCCUUGAAACACAAGCCAAAACAAUCUGCAUCAUAUCACACAGUCAACCCUAUGGACUGUUUUUAAUUGACAUGGAUGGGGCUAAGACCUGGGUACAACAGGUCAGGAGCAGGACCCAUACAUUAGAAGCAGAUUGUGUUUGCUGAUGGCUACCGCUGCACAUUCAAGGUUCUGUCUAAUCACUGGAAUGCUCUGACACAACCUGGGUAUCAGCGCCCGAGUGGUGUAUUCAGAGCUUCCUGUUUCACAGCCAAACAGUAGAGGUUGUUCAUGGUAAGCUAGUCUGUGAGUGUGUGUGCAAAUGCACGAGUGAUUAAAAAUGCAGUUUUUGUUAAGUAGAUACUUUCUGGUGUUCAGUGUCCUAACUCUGUUUUGUGAUAGAUUUUUUUUUUUUUCUUCAUAAAAACUGAGGGUAAAUCUUCUAUUGGUAUCCAUACAAUUCUUAUAUAUACAUAAUGACUUGAAAUCCAUUACUGUGUCACUUUAUCUAAAGGGAAUAGAAUUAUUGUGACUUUUUCACGAGGUCGAGUUCAUGAAAUGUUUCACUUUUAUCGUUCAUUAAGCCAGACAAUUUGUUUCUGAUGGACCAAACCAGCCUAGACGACUCAGCCUUGGUGUCAGACACGUCAUUGUUGCCCAAUAUUUUAAGAAAUAUAUUUAACAUUGACUAAGAAAGCUUCCGAGUGAUUUGGCAAAUAAUUUGAAAUUUUCCCUUUGAUGAGGCAAAUUAAGGUUCUCAAACCACCCUCCACAGGCCAAUACUGUGUCGUGCGAUAUUUUGUGUAAUGAUGUGUACAUAUUGUUGUAGACACUUGAAGGCAACUGUGUGGAGUUGAAGAGGAAAUGCUCAUUAAUAUAUUCAUUCACAUCAUUGAGUUUUUAUGUUGAUAAAAUGCUUAAAAUAAUAAAAUUAAACACUUCAUGU